UUGCGCGCCUGUGACGUGGCCCGAUGGUCGAGGUAGAUGCAGCAGUGACGCCGGACGUGGCGAUGACCAAGGCGCAGAAGAAGAAGAACCGCAAGAAGGCCAAGAAGAAGGACGGCGACGAGUCGCCACAAGACGCGACCGAGGCUGCCGAGCCAGCGACCGAGCCGCCGGUCUACCGCAUGGAGCGACCUGUCGUGUCCGAGCUUCGCGUGCCUACGACGAAGGAGGCGCCGAUUCCAUCGCCGGCGCAGCAAAAGGACAUUGUCCACAGCCUCAUGCUCCAGUCCAAGCAGCAUGGCAUGAAGGUCGGCGAAAAGUUCUUCGUCGUCAACUACAAGUGGUGGGAGUGCUGGUGCGACUACGUUGGCUACUUGGAGGCCAAGGGUGGUGCUCCGCGGUCGCUUCCGUCGUCCAAGCCGCCAACGAUCAACAACAGCUCGCUCCUUGAUCCUGCGUGCGACCAGAUGGACCACGUUGUGGGCUCCGCGCUCUUGCCGGGUCUCGUCGAGCACAGCGACUACUUUCUCGUGCCGUCCGAGGUCUGGUCUGCACUCACCGUCUGGUACGCUGGUGGUCCGCCCGUCUGCCGCUUCGUCGUCGGUGUUGGCGAGCCGUCGUCGCCGCAGUACUUUACGCGCGUCGAAGUCUACCCCGAGACGGCCGGUGACAGUGACGUCGAGAUGGAUGUCGAGUCGUCGUCGCCGCCACCGACGCCAACGUCCAAGUGCACCGUGUGUGGCCGCCCCAGUCGCAAUCGGUGCGGUCCCUGCAAGACACCGUUCUACUGCUCCAAGCAGUGUCAGAGCGCGCAUUGGAAGUACCACAAGAGCGUCUGCCGCAUGCUCGUCGCUCAUGCUGCUGUAGAUGGCGGGUCGGUCUCGGUCGUCGAGGUGCAUGGCCGGCGCGGUCAAACUGGCCUUCGCAACCUCGGCAACACGUGCUUUAUGAACGCGGCGCUGCAGUGCCUGAGCCACACGCCCGUGCUCACGGCGCACUUUCUCACCAAUUUGUACCAAUCGGAUCUCAACACGGACAACGUCCUGGGGACUGGCGGCCAGCUCGCGACCGAGUACGCGGUCCUGCUCAAAGAACUCUGGUUUGGGGCGGCCUCGAGCGUCACGCCGUCCGCGCUCAAGCGUUCGCUGGCGCGCUACGCGCCGCAGUUUUCGGGCUACCAGCAGCACGAUGCGCAGGAGCUUUUAGCGUACCUCCUUGACGGCCUCCACGAGGACGUCAAUAGGAUCCAGAAGAAGCCGUACAUUGAGAUCCAAGAGUCGAACGGGUCGCAGCCGGACGCGGUGAUUAGCGACCAGGCGUGGCACAACCACUGCCUGCGCAACCAAAGCAUCUUUGUCGAGCAGCUCCAAGGUCAGUUCAAGAGCACGGUCGUCUGUCCGACGUGCGACCGCAUCUCGAUCACGUUUGACCCGUUCAACGUCAUCCAGCUCGAGCUUCCGACCGACGCGAAUCGGCACCUGGACGCCUCGUACGCGGACAAGAGUCUCGAGCACUUGGGGCCGACGCACUACCGCCUGAGUGUCCCAAAGCGCGGCACGGUCGCCCAGCUCAAGGUAGUACCCCUCCGAGGGAUCGAUAGACGUCGAUGGUCAUGUCGAACUAUCGCAGAAAGCGCUCGCCAACAUGGGCUGCAGUAUGUACUCUGCGACGUCUUCCAGUCGAUGGUCUACCGUGUGCUGCCGGACACCGAGCGUGUCGCCCGCAUCCGGUCCGACGACCGCUUGGUGUGCUACGACGUGCCGCUCGGAUCGGGCGUGGUCUUUUGUUACCACCGCAGGUCCGUCCUCGUUAUCUCUGACGUGUUGAUGAUGUUGUGUGGGGUAGGGCGUCGGGCCAGCUCUUUGGGGACCCGAUCUUGCUCUCGUACACGGCGUCGACAACGUGCGAAGAGUGCGUUUUGCGAUCCAUCGGACACGAGCUGGAUUCGCAUACAAAAUGAUGACGUAGACUGGCGUACAAACAAUGGGACAGAAUUGCCUCGUAGGUCCCAGAGGGCAAGAAGGCGCACCUGGAGCUGCUCAAGCUCCUCGCCAAGCACGUAUGUCGCCCUUGUCAUUUCUUGCGUCAUGACUGAUGCGGCACAGGUGUACCUCGCCAACCAAGACGGCGCCAACGUGCCUGGCGCCGCCUCGCUCGACGACUGGAGCGCGUUCUUGCCGAGUGCGACCAGACAUAUCGCAUUCGCGCAGGGCGACUGCGCGUACUUUGGCAUCGACUGGACCGACGACCUGGUCUACCAAGAGCCCGAAAUGGACGUGCACGAGUCGGCGCAGCACGCCAAGGCGGCCAAGACCGGUGGCAUUUCGCUCGACAGCUGCUUCAAAAAGUUUACAAGCCCCGAAGAGCUCGACGAAGACAACCUGUGGUACUGCAGCCAGUGCAAGGAGCACCGUCAGGCGACCAAGACCAUGGAGCUCUACAAGCUGCCCAACAUUCUCAUCCUCUCCCUCAAGCGAUUCGAGUACCGGUACAUGGUGCGGGAGAAGCUCGACAUCAUGGUCGACUUUCCGCUCGAAGGUCUCGACAUGGGCCCCUACUGUCUCUCGACACCGGACGGCAUGGUCUAUGACUUGUAUGCGGUCACGAACCACUAUGGCUCGAUGGGCUUUGGCCACUACACGGCGUACGCCAAAGAUGUGGAGCACAAUCUGUGGUACACGUUUGACGACAGCAGCGUCACGCCGGUCGGCGCGUCGCAAACUGUCUCGAACGCCGCGUACAUUUUGUUUUACAAGCGCCGCUAAGACGUUUCUGGAAUGCUACGUGCUUAGAUGCUCG